CGAUUCAGUGGAGCGGGGCGCAGGCACAGCCGAUAUCCUCGGCAAUUUAUAGCUGUGGCGAAGAUUGCAAUCCCGGCUGCAACAAUGUGAAGCAGAGAGCAGAAAUCCCGAGCUACGGCGGUCUGUCUGUUGCAAUACAUUGCAAUAAUUAAUCCCUUUAAUGAGGGUACGUGCAGUUGAAAUUCCUUGACCAGCCCAACCCGGGGUGUGCUUUUAUGAAUGAGCAACGCCUCUCUUUGACGGUAGGAAACAAACGCCAUCGAGUUAAUCUCCUGGGAUUAAGGCAGGUAGCUGCAAUGUGAAAAGCCAGGAGCGGAGACAAUUGCCCUCGAACCGGACUGGUUUUAUGUUUUAUGAAGAGCCAUUUGAAUGGAUGGAUGAAAUCUGUCAAAGAUGAACCAACAUGCUGACCAGUAUAACCGAGGGCAUCCUGUGCUGCAUCACCGGGCAGCCGCUGAACGUGGUGGGCACCGUCGACAGCGUGGAGGCGGCCGACGGCUACGAGUACGUGGAGGUGAAGCCGGGGCGAGUGCUGCGGGUCCGGCACAUCGUGCCGAGCCGGACAGAGGAGCCUGCGGCCGAGGAGGAGGAGGGGGAGGUGUCCGGGAGGGGAGUGGUCCACUGCAGGCGCAGGAUCUGCGUGUACCGCGGCGGGCAGCUGGUCAUCGAGAACCUGGGCGACGUGGUGCGCUCUGAGACCCUGCAGGGAGCCGGCGGCGGCGGGGAGCCGGCCGGGACGGUGGAGGUCGAGCUGUCGGAGCCGAGCGCCCCCGGCGAGGGCAGCGCCGCCCCGGACCCCUCCUCCGCCAAGCGGCGUCGACGCAAACCCAAGAGAACGGUGCUGAUCGACUGCAAGAAGCGCAUCACCAGCUGCAAGGGCACCCACUCGGACGUGGCCCUCUUCUUCAUCCACGGCGUCGGAGGCUCGCUCGACAUCUGGAAGGAACAGCUGGACUUCUUCGGCAAGCUGGGCUACGAGGUGGUGGCGCCGGACCUGGCUGGGCACGGCUCCAGCACGGCGCCCAAGGUCGGCGCCGCCUACACCUUCUACGCGCUCCGGGAGGACAUGAGGGCCAUCUUCAAACGCUACGGCAAGAGGCGCAACGUCCUGAUCGGACACUCCUACGGCGUCUCGUUCUGCACCUUCCUGGCUCAUGAAUAUCCUGACCAAGUACACAAGGUGGUGAUGAUCAACGGCGGGGGUCCGACAGCCCUGGAGCCCAGUCUCUGCUCCAUCUUUAACCUGCCCACCUGUGUGCUGCACUGCCUCUCGCCUUGCCUCGUCUGGAGUUUCCUCAAGGCGGCGUUCGCCCGUCAGGGGGCGAAGGAGAAGCUGCUGCUGAAGGAGGGCAAUGCUUUCAAGGUGACCUCGUUCGUGCUGCGGGCGAUGAUGAGCGGUCAGUACUGGCCGGAGGGGGACGAGGUUUACCACGCCGAGCUGACCGUUCCAGUGCUGUUGGUGCAUGGGCUGCACGACAAGUUUGUCCCCGUGGAUGAGGACCAGCGUAUGGCUGAGAUCUUGCUGAUUGCCUUCCUGAAAGUGAUCGACGAGGGCAGCCACAUGGUGAUGAUGGAGUGUCCGGAGACAGUGAACACGCUACUUCACGAGUUCCUGCUGUGGGAACCAGAGGUCAGUCCGAGCGAGAAGCCAGACGGCGGCAGGAAUGCAGAAACCAGCAAGUAAAGGUGGUCAACGGUGCGACUGUUUCUGCAGGAACUCUGGGGGAAAUGGCUUUGUUCACAGGCCGGUUGGGAGGAGAUGUGAGGAUUCGAACAGUCUAAGGCUGUUUGUGACGCGCAGCUGAGGCCAUGUGAGUGGUCAAGAGGAUUUGGCCUGUAUCCAGGCUUCAGGGGUUGGUGUGGAGAGUUGACCCUGUACAAUGUAUAUUUCGAUAAAUGGCAGCUAUAUGUGGUGGUUUA